AUGGUCUUCACACAUGUCCACGACCAAGGCGACCUUGUCGAUGCGACGUGCUUCAAGCUUGCCGUACUCGACAAAGCUCUUGAAGUCAACGCUUUUGUCGGCAGUCAUCGUGGCAACGCCGUUUGGCCACCGCGACUCACGAACAAUGUCUGGAAGGCCGACACGGACAAGAUGGUGAAGAAGGUGUACUUGCUCGCGUGCCAAGAACUGCCCCACAACGCCUCAGCACCCCCAUAUGAAGUGAUCCGCCCAUUCCUCCAGAAUGCACUGGGCCUAUGGUGUCAGCAGGCCGUGCUCGUCACCGACGUGCCCCACGGCAACGGUGCACCAUUUGCCAUCGAAGACCUCGGCCGGUUCUCUGCAAAGUACUACGGCCACCAACAUCUGGUCGUGAGAGAGGACUUGACCGACGCCAGCAAGUUCUCCACCACAGUCGUCUACUUCCCAGCCCCACUGACGAUCGAUCACCAGUCCCCCCCCUCACAUGUCAUCGUCGUCACCCACAUCAUCAUGUCACUGGGCUUCACUCAGUGA